AUGGCGCGCGUGGACGCCGUGACGAACGAAUUGACGACGCCGGGCGUGGCGGAGGGCGUGCGAAGGGCGACGCGGGCGGCGACGCGGGGCGACGGGACGCGGGACGUCGGGACGGCGCGAAGGCCGAGCGAGGCGCUGGCGGAGGCGUGCGCGACGCUCGCGGCGACGUCGGCGUGCGCGCUGCUCGUGAAGACAGCGAUGAAUUUGAUCGGACGACGAGGGUUUCUGGAUCGCGAGCGGCGGGAGGGGGGGGACACGCUGGACGACGCGUCGAGGGCGGCGUUUUUGAGCGCGACGACGACGGAUUUCGCGCGUCGCGGCGUGGGAGAGUUGGCGGCGAUCGCGCGGGCGAUCGUGGAGCGGGAGUUGCGAGAGUUUAACGAUGGGAGGGAGGAGGACGAGGCGUCGGCGUCGUGGACGCGCGAGGACGCGAUAGAUUUCAUGCGCAGGUGUCGGGAGACGUUGAGUCGCGCGUUGUUGGUGCCGUCGGACGUGUUCAGCGAUCCAAAGGCUUUGCCGUUCGAGCGUAAAAAUAGACUGCACGUGAAAGCGCCGCGGUCGUUCCCGUCGUGGGAGUCCAUGCUGUUGCCGCCGAAGAAUCCAGAUUUCGACGCCGCGCUCGGGGCGCCGUCGAGCGGCGCCGAAUCGCUCGCCGAGCGCGAACGGCAGGUUUCGAAUUUGAAAGACAUCAUGAACGAAACGCGAUUGGUGAUUCGAUCGCCGCAUUUCGUGGUGGCGCUGAACGACGCCAUGCACGCGGCGUGGGCUUCGCACGCCGACGCGAUGCCUCAAAAGUUUUUCGGCGCGACGCGCGCGGCGCGACUCAGCCUGGCGCGCGCGGCGCUCGUCGUCGAGGCGACGGCGGAUAGAAUCGCGUCCGAUCCCGACGGUCUCUUGGCUUCGAUUGCGAAUGAAUCGGGGGUUACGUACUUCGGCAACUCGAUAUGGUAGAAGCGCGCC